UAUCGAUGAAGAAAAUGUGAUAUUGAAUUAGACUGAUUGAUUUUCAAUUUAGCUGCAUUUUCCUUUUUUUCCUUCUUUCUUCUUGCUUUUCUUCCACGAACUUUCUUUUCGAUCGAUUUAAUAACAUACAUCGCAUAGCGUGGAAUUAAGUUGAACCUUCCAUUUCUUCUUUCUCUGUCUUCAUUUGUGCAUCUCUUUCCUUCUUCUUCUUCUCUUCUGCAUUUGACCUCCAGCUCCGACUCCCUUGGUUCUCCGAAAAACAUCCAACAACGCAGCAACGCAUGACAUCAGAUUGUGUCCAUUUGCAGCGUUCCCCAAUUCUCGCAGCGAAAAGACUCCAGUUCGCAUCAUCAUCUUACCACCCACCCACUUCCUAACUUCCGGUACUCUUCUACUCUUCUGUAUGCUCGGACAUCAUUGUAUUGUCCUUGGAUCCCGCCCGCCCCUUCCGCAAACUUUCGUUUGAAUACGUGGAAUUGAUUGGUGAUUGGAGAGCAUCCCAGGAAGAAGCAUCGAAAAGCAAAAACAGAAACUAGCAGGACCGCUGGUGGACGGUUACUCAGCCCGCACGCAUCCAAGGGCUUGCAAGUUGGAACUAGGAACUUGGAACUGUACCUGGGUAACUCACACCUACUCGAGUAAGAGCAAUUGUAAGACUACAAGACUGCGAGACUACGAGACUAGACACACUUGUACCAACUUAUCACUUCGUUCCUGUCAAGCCUCGAAAUUUCAUUCCGUAGAUACCGUUCUGCUCAACUAGCAGUUUUUAACAACGACCGAUUACGAUUCAUUUUCACGACCCCCAAUCAUUCAUUGACCCUGACCGGACUUGGGUUAUUAUUAUUUUAUUAUUUGUUUCUGCAGGAAGAGGGCAAAGUCAAAAGAAAAGAAAAAGAAUUCAAAACCCCUCCAUCCCUCCUGAAGAACGACAAUGAAAAGGUUCUUCUUCCUUUUGAUCAGUCUGGAAAUAUAAUUUAUUGAGAAUGCGACAAAUUAAUCCACAUAUCAAUCCAAAAGUUUGAAUGUUUUGAUUAAUAAUUGUUUUAUCCUUUAUCCAAUACAUACAUACAUAGGUACAUACAUACAUAUAUACAUGAGUAGGUACAUCAGUACAGAAAUCGACUUUAUCGGCCAAGUCUCUACCUACCUAUCGACGCAUAGACUGUCGUCAUCAAUCAUCACAUUUUCCCAUCCCACUUCGAAUAGCCUAAACGGAGGAACUUCUCGCACAACAUACUAGGUAUUCACGAAAUCACCCAGACGAAAGAUUAAAAAUGCAGAGAGCAGUCUCAUGGCUCCCAUCAUGGGAUAGGACGAAAACCACCAGUAAGAAAGGUUUUGAUAAGACUUGGGCAUGGGCAGAUAAACUGGGUGCUCCCGUCAAUCGAUUAACAAACAAAAUUGGUUCCGAAGCUUUUUGGCCCACUUCUCUAGACAAGGAAUGCGAUAAAGCUGCUCGGAUUUUGAAAACUUUCUGUAAGGAUGGAUUUUAUACCGAAGAAGAUCGAUCAUCUACCCAAGCUGGUCCGAAUGCGAACUCCAAACAAAGAAUCCUGAAGAAGAUUCCACAAAAGGUUAUUGAAAAUGCCGUCGGUUUGGCCAUAUUCACAACUAUGCGAACAGGCUUAUGGAUUUCGGGGGCCGGAGGAUCUGGAAUAUUAAUUGCGAGGAAAGAAGAUGGUACAUGGUCGCCUCCUUCUGGAAUUCUUUUGCACACUGCAGGUCUGGGCUUUCUGGUCGGCGUCGAUAUUUAUGAUUGUGUUGUUGUUAUCAAUAAUCGCAAAACUCUCGAAUCCUUUACGAAAAUAAGAGCAACUCUAGGAGGAGAGAUUAGUGCUGUCGCGGGUCCCAUUGGAGUUGGGGGAGUUUUAGAGAACGAUGGAAACUGGAAACAAGCCAAUAAGCCAAUAUUCACUUAUUUAAAGUCCCGUGGCUUCUACGCAGGUGUGCAGGUAGAUGGGACGGUCAUCAUCGAAAGAACAGAUGAGAACGAGCGAUUUUACGGACAAAGAAUUGGAGUUGCAGACAUCCUGGCUGGGAAAGUUCGAAAUGCACCUUUUGAAACGAAAUUGCUUAUGGAAACAAUCAAGGCCGCAGAAGGCAAGCAAGAUGUGGAUACAAACUUGUUGGAUCAACUGAAAGAUGAACCAUCACCUGGUGAUGUGGAUUUGCAAGCUCCUACUUCGAUGAUACCGACCUUUGGCAUACCUGAACCAGAUGAUCCGGACCCUUUCGGGGUGUUGGCAUUAGAGGAUGCAGGAUUUGAGAUUCGCGAAGCGGGAACGAAGGCUCGACCGGUCAGUUCGCAAUUUGAAUACAACCCAUCUCCAUCAAGUCCAAUCUUCACCAGAUUCAACAGACGUAGUUUCGACACUCAGGGUGCCAGGAGUAAUAGAGAAAGUUACAUGUCAGGGAAAACAAGGACAAGUACGGAUCGAGGAACUCAGACUACUGAAAUGGCCACACAAACAGACGAUUCACUUUCAAUCCGAUCACCUCGUACCUUGUCACCAAGUACGAGUCCAAGUUACAGCGAAGACAACAAGAUUAUAGAAGAAGACGAAAAGGCAAUUGUAUUGGAACCGGAAGAAGUUGACUAUACGAAGAUUGAUCUCGGACCAUAUCAGAGCUUAAACCACAGUCAGGAAUUUGACGGCACGACAAUGAACGGUAGUCCUCUUAUUACCGAGGAAAUUGAUGAGAGACGAAAGGAUUCAAAGGAUUCAUUCAACUCGAUGGAUGAUCUCUCAGAUGACGAUGAAGAUUUUGAGGAAGAGGAACCAGUAGUUUUCGAAGCUGCUUCAGCACAAGCUACAGUCAUAAUUCCCCAAGCAAUCAAGGCAAGAGGUGGUGUUGUGAAUAUCCCAAAGAGAGGUCCACCACCACCAUUACCCCCAAGGAAUUCAUUGAGAAACAGCAAACUUUCUAUGGCUGCCCCAAACAGUGAUAGAAGUCCAUUGAAAGAAGGCUUUGAAGAGGUUGAUGUACAUGGCGUUGAGAGUAACAAUGUCAAGAGAAGUAGCUUGGAACAAGCUAGCAUGACACCACUCCCUUUCAGCCCAAAUAGAAAGAGCUUUGAGCAAUCUCAAGCCAGCAUGGUACCACUUCCUUUCAGCCCAAAAAGACUGAGUUUCGAACAAACUCCUGUCCUCAUGGAGGAUGUUGAAUCAGAGGAAUCAGAUUCUCAUGAGCAGGUCGAGGAAGAACACGCAGAGAUCAAAUCGGCCAACGAAAACUCCAACUUCAACGAGAAGAUCGAAAUCCUCGAUAAUUCACGCUCAACUGAGAGACCUACUCUUACGAAAGAAAACACCGAGUCUUUUCACUCAAUUGCUGUGAAUAUUCCAGGAGGGUGGAGUUAGAAGAUGAUCGAAGAGGAGGAGAGACUUGUACAAAAGAAAUUAUUCUGUAUGAAUUGGAAAACUGGAUAUCGGCAUUUGGAUUUAGGGUUUGAAGCUUUGGUGCACACACGGAGAUUCCAAUCAUAGUAUGAAUGGGGUUUGAGGAGUUUGUUAUAUAUGGGCUACAUUGGGUUUCAUUUCUUGGGGUUUGGGAAUGGCAUGGAUGGGGUUACUUUCUGUGUGCAUGGUAUGGGCGAGAUAUUCAGGAUGGAUUUGAAGGGGAUUUUGGGGAUCUUCUGUAAUGGUUAAUGAAUCUCUUAUAUCUAUUAUGAGGAUUGAAGGUUCAAAAUUGGCAGUAUGGGAUUUAUUUGGGAAGGAGAUUGUGGAUAGGAUUUGGAAAGAUAAGAGAUGGGGGCAGUCAAAGGAGAUGAGGGUUUAUAUAUAAUCUUUAGAUUUUAAUAUCUUAAUCCUGUGAUAGAUAGAUCGAAUUAGUAGGGUGGGUUAGCCGUGAGAAAUCGAAAAGGAUUUGAAAGGGGGAAAACGGGAGAGAUUUCAAACAUCAAAUAAUACGAUAUAUAUAUAUAGUUUUGAACACUAUGUUAUA